AUGGUUGACAAUGAGAACACGACGGAUUCCACGAAUCUGGCUCUAGAUUCGACCAGUCCGCUGUACAUGCAUCCCUCUGAGAGUGCUGGCUCUAUGCUUGUACCGGCGAUUUUUGACGGAUCAGUAUAUAGAUCGUGGAGAAGAGGAGUUCUAAGAGCUCUCUCAAUGAAGAAUAAAGUAGGAUUCAUAAACGGAAAGUGCAGAAAGCCAGAACCUCAGGAUCCUAAGUACGAUCAAUGGGAACGCUGCGACGAUAUGGUCACAUCGUGGAUCCUAAAUUCUAUUUCGAAGGAUUUGGCGGAUAGUCUACAGUAUGUUAAUGAUGCUCAGGAACUUUGGAAAGAGCUUGAAGACAGAUACGACCAGACAAAUGAGGCGAAAUUGUAUCAAUUGCAAAGGGAGAUAAAUGAAUUGAGUCAAGGAACCCUAGAUAUCACUGGGUACUAUACUAAGAUGAAGAAACUUUGGGAAGAACUGAACACACUAAAUGCACAUGCUUAG